GGUGACGCACUUCCGGGACCGCCUUUGUUUGUGUCGCGUGAGGUUUCGGUUUGUGAGGAUCGGCGAGUGGCGCCCACCAUCUCUGCUCGCUGAAAAGCUGCAGAGGCCGUCAGGAGCCCACGCAUCUGAGACUUUUAUCUUUACCCAAGAAAGGAAUAAAAGAGGUCAGAUGAUGACAGCUGUGUCCUUAACAACCAGGCCCCAGGAAUCAGUGGCUUUUGAGGACGUGGCUGUGUACUUCACUACGAAGGAAUGGGCCAUCAUGAUGCCUGCCGAGAGGGCCUUGUACAGGGAUGUGAUGCUGGAGAACUAUGAGGCUGUGGCCUUUGUAGUGCCGCCCACUUCCAAACCAGCUUUGGUCUCUCAUCUGGAGCAAGGGAAAGAGUCCUGUUUCAUUCAGCCACAGGGAGUCCUAAGCAGGAGUGACUGGAGAGCAGGUCUGAUAGGAUACUUGGAACUAAGAAGAUAUACUUACUUAGCUAAAGUGGUGUUACGUACAAUAGUAUCAAAGAUUUUUCAGAAUCGUCAAUGCUGGGAAGACAGGAGAAAGGCUUAAUUCUUGAUAUUUAAAUACCAGUUUUCCAAGUAAGGAGUUGAUGUAAGAGCCACCUUAAACGAUGUCAAACACACGUUUUCUUUUUCUAUAGACUGGUAGAUUUAAUGUUUUUCAUUCAUUAAAAUAACUCAUUUUGAUGUACAAA